GCCCCAACAGAGCACCAUGUCCCUCGCGCCCAAAUCCCCGAGGAGGAGAUCCAGGAAGAGGGGCGGGCCGAUGGUGUCCAACCUCAUCCUGAACGCCAUCUCCUCCUACGGGGGGCGUGGCGGCCUGACCCUGGUGGGCCUCAAGAGAGUCCUCAAAGCCAACGGCUACGAUGUGAUGCGCAACCGAGGCCGGAUCCGACUGACGCUACGCAGACUCGUGGCCAGAAAGCAAAUCCUGCGAGGCAGGGGGGCGGGGGGACGGGGGGUCCUCAGGCUCAACCCCUACGGCCGCCGCUACAGGAGGAGGAGGCUCAGGAGGAGGAGGAGGAGGAGAAGGAGGAGGAGGAGAGAGGAGGAGAAGGAGGAGAAGGGCCCCCAGGAGACUCCGGAGGAGGAGGUACCGACGCAGGAGGAGGGCCAGGUCCUACAGGAGGACCCGCAGGAGGAGGAGGAGAAGGAGGAGGAUGAGCUCUCGCUACUGAAAAGCUUCCGACGGGACUUUCUGCUCACCUUAUAUUGA